UAUCAGAGGAGUUAACCGAUGGAAUAUUCAGUAUAUUCGAGAUGAGUACUAAGUACCGUAAUGACUAUCAGCGUCUAGGUUCAGAUAAAGAAGAUAACGUUUAUGACUGGACCUCAGAAAGGGGAUAUUUGAAUAAUGAGGAUUCAGACAAUAUCGUACCAAGGAGAUCGAAAGAGGCAGGCAUGCACUCAGGAUUAACGUUUAUUCUGGAUGCUCAUGUCGAUAACUAUUACUGUUCCUCUACUGGGAGUGCAGGUUUCAAGGUAUUGGCGACAUCACCGAUAGAUACACCAAUAGUAGGAGAAUAUGCGCACCUAUUGAGUCCUGGUGUAGAAGCAAGAUUUUUUGUAGAUCCAGUAAUAGUUGCAGCACAAGAAUCUCUUAAAAAUGUACAAAUAGAGAAGAGAAGAUGCUAUUUUGACGGCGAAAAGGUUCUUUCGCAUUAUAGGCAUUACUCUAAAUCGAACUGUAAGCUAGAAUGCGAAAUGAACGAAACAUGGGCACAGUGUCAAUGUGUAGAUUACUAUAUGCCAAGGCUUCCAAGUGAAAAAUAUUGUAAAGAUAAGCAGCUGCCAUGUGUGAACAAAAUAAGAAGACAGCUUGUCGAACAUGACAAAUGCAAGUGCUACAGUGCAUGCUAUGAUAUUUCUUAUGGAAUUACAAAAUCAUACGGAAAAAUACUACCGUACGAUUUUAGAAAGCAAAUCAAUACUCCGAUAAAUGUUACACCGGAAUCUACGACUAUAGUUCACUUCUUUUUCAUGAAGAGUAGUUACAAUAUACUGACCAAAUCAGAAUUAUUUGCGUUCACAGAUAUAGUUAGUAAUAUCGGAGGUUUGUUAGGACUUUUUAUGGGCUUUAGUAUAAUGAGCAUAGUGGAAAUAAUUUACUUUCUAAGUUUGAGAUUAUGGUGCAAUUACCACAAAGAAAAAAAUAUAGAAAAAAGCAAAAAUGUAUUUUACAAUAAGGACUACGGCACCGUAUCUGUGGAGUCUUGAAAUUCUGUUUCUAAUUGUAAACUAUAUUAAGCCCAUCAAAUAGAUGUGAAACUGUGCACUGUAUUUUUGGUAUUCAUUUCAUAGGAUAGUACUAUGC